AAAAUAAAAUAAGUAUCUCAAAUUUAAGAUACUCUAAAAAGGUACAAACCAUCGUAAUUCUCUUGCAAACAAGUUAACAAGGACUUUACUUACAACUGUACUACAAGCUGUGUCCUUGAGUUGAGUUUAAGGAGACAAAAACCGAACCGAAGUUAAAAAUAACUGAUGCCACAAGCCGAACAAAGCAGAAACCAUACAAUGCACAAGUCAAGAACAACGGAGAAUGAAAUAGCCGGCAAAAUUACCAAACAAUUAACACAUAAGACGAACAAACAAUGACUCAUGACAACCUAUGAAAAAUGAUCAUAUAAAACAAACAGCACAACAGUUACCACGUUAAAGAUGCUUGACGAAGGUUUGAGUUUUCGAAAAAUACAAGAAAGUAUUGGCCAGCAGCACAAAGAGAAUUCACCCUCUUAUGUUACUAUCUCAAGCAAAACUUUUCACUGAGAGACAAACUAGCACGCUCGCACACCGCUUUUGCUGAGAAAAGGAAGACAUUUUCAAGGAAUUUUAUGGACCAGACAUAGGCUUGAAAACCAUUCUCUCCAAGCUUUAUUCUUUUUAAAAAAAAGCAACAUCUCCCCUAAGGAAUAGAACAUCAUUUACUGCAAAAGCAAUGGAAGCUCAAUCACAGCACCAACUGAAUGUGAAUUUUCUUCCAUAUCCAACUCCUGGCCAUAUGAUCCCCAUGGUAGACACAGCAAGACUAUUUGCCAAGCAUGGUGUUAGUGUUACCAUCAUUACUACUCCUGCUAAUGCUUUAACAUUCCAAAUGGCCAUAGACAGUGACUUCAAUUGUGGAUACCACAUCAGAACUCAAGUGGUUCCAUUCCCUGCAGCACAACUUGGUCUCCCUGAUGGGGUUGAAAACAUCAAAGAUAGCACUACCCCAGAAAUUUUGGGUAAAAUCAGUCAUGGAAUAUCAAUGCUCAAAGAUCAAAUUGAGCUUCUAUUUCAAGACCUGCAACCAGAUUGUAUAGUGACUGAUUUUUGUUAUCCUUGGACAGUGGAGUCUGCUGCAAAACUAGGCAUUCCAAGGAUUUUCUUUUACAGCUCAAGCUACUUCUCUAACUGUGUUAGUAAUUCUAUCAGGAAGCAUAGACCUCAUGAAAGCUUAUCCUUUGAUACCCACAAGUUUACAGUUCCUGGUUUGCCUCAAAAAAUAGAGAUGAUCCCUCCACAGGUAGCAGAAUGGGAAAGGACUAGGAAUGAAACCACAAGCUAUUUUGAUGCAAUGUUUGAAUCAGAGAGUAGAAGCUAUGGGGCAUUAUAUAAUAGUUUUCAUGAACUUGAAAGUGAGUAUGAGCAACUUCAUAAGAGUACAUUGGGGAUCAAAUGUUGGACUAUUGGACCAGUUUCAGCCUGGGUUAACAAGGAUGGUGAAGAAUAGGCCAAUAGGGGACACAAGGAGGAUCUUGCACAAGAGCCAGAAUGGCUAAAUUGGCUUAACUCAAAGCAAAAUGAGUCUGUACUUUAUGUAAGCUUUGGAAGCCUCACCAGGCUCCCUCAUGCUCAACUUGUAGAAAUUGCUCAUGGGCUUGAAACUUCUGGUCAUAGUUUCAUCUGGGUUGUAAGAAAAAAGAAUGGAUAUGAGAAUGGACACAGUUUCCUUCAAGAGUUUGAGGAGAGGAUGAAAGAAAGCAAGAAGGGUUACAUCAUAUGGAACUGGGCACCACAGAUUCUGAUAUUGGACCACCCUGCCAUAGGAGGAAUUAUGACUCACUGUGGUUGGAAUUCCAUUCUUGAAAGUGUGAGUGCUGGAUUGUCAAUGAUCACAUGGCCUAUGUUUGCUGAGCAAUCCUACAAUGAGAAGUUGGUAGUUGAUGUGUUGAAGAUUGGAGUCCCAGUGGGAGUGAAAGAAAUGAAGUUUUGGAUGAGCCUGGGUGAUGAGGCAAUGGUGAGAAGGGAAGAGAUUGUGAAGGCUGUGGUGCUUUUGAUGGGAAGUAGCCAAGAGAGCAAAGAAAUGAGGAAGAGAGCAAGAAAACUUGGUGAUGCUUCCAAGAAGACUGUAGAGGAGGGUGGAGCCUCUUACAACAACUUGAUUCAGUUGAUACAGGAGCUUAAGUCAUUGAAGAUAUCUAAAGCACUUGGCAAAAGUAGAGUAUGUAAUUGAAAUGGAGUAUUAAUGAGUGGCUCUAGAAGUGCAGCUGGUGAUUUAUGAAGCCUUUUGAUUUUAUAACAUGAUGAACAACUUUCAUGUCAUUUGCAUAUUUUGAAGAUUUUGGCUAAGUAGGGAAAAUGAAACAAAGACUUGCUUCUUGAUUUCUUCGUCGAUAAAAUUUCCCUACCGAAAACGU